CAUUAAAGAUGAAAUUUUGAGAAUCAAUGCAAGUAGAAUAAAAUAGCCAUUGAAAAGCCUAAAAUAGAGUAAAAAAUUGAAACCAGAACGUGUUGAGCUGUAAGUGUAGACACUACACUACACACCUUCAUAUAUAUCAAAUCACCGACUCUGUGUUCUUCUUCUUCAUAACCAGUGAAGAAGAUAAAAUAUCAUUCAUCAAUAACUUACAUUCUACCAUACGCAACUUCAAUUUCAAGUUUCCACUGAUUCAGAUCCACCACACACUGUUCAAAUCGCACUUUCAACUUUCAAUCCUGCAACUGUGUGGAGUAAUUUCGAAAAAGAUCGGCCUCUAAUUUACGUUUCGUAAGGGAAUAAAUCAUGUUUCGGCAAUCGCCACGCAGAAACGGUAGAAGUAAAGGAUUGAAGAUAAAGCAUGUGUUGCAGAUCUGUGUAUUGCUUGGUGUGAGUGUAUGGUUGUUGUAUCAGCUACAACAUUCUGGUAAUAAGAAACCAGGAUCAUCGACAAGCGUCUCCGAGAGGUUGCAAAAUGAUGGUAAUGAUGAUUUGAUAAAGUUAGGGAGAAAGGGGCUUAAUCCUAAGGUGGAUGAAGCAAAUGAUGACCGUCAUGAAGAUGAAGAAGUCGAUGAAAAUAACGCUGAGGGGGUUCGGGACCAUGACAUUGAGAGAAGUGAGGAGGAUGAAGGCGGCAAACAGGAGAGAAUUGAAGAGGUGAACGGUGUGAGAGAUGCUGAUGAGAGUGAGAAUAAAGACGAUGGAGAAGAUAACAAAGAAAAGGAGGAUGCGAUUGAAAAGAUGAACCAGACUGAAAAUAGGAGCGUAGAUGAUGAUAACAAGGAAGUAACGAAGACCGAUGAACAAGAUGGUAAACAGAAUGAACAUAGUGAAAGUGAAGAAACCAAACCGGACGUUGAAGAUAACAACAAUGAACAAGAUAAGAUCAGAGACGAAAACGGAAAAGGAGAUGAUGUUUCGAGUGAAGUGGUUGAUGAAUCUCAGAAGACAGCGGAAACAGAGUCGAAAGAGCAAACUGUAUUUACCGACUCUACGAACAUAAAUUCUGACCCGAAUUCAGAACAAGGCGAGUCAACGCAGACAGAGUCAACGGAGCAUACUGAAAGCACGGACUCUACCAACAAUGGAGCAAGUUCAGCGGAGACUGAGUCAACUCAUACGGAGAUGAAGGAGCAAACUGAAGGUACCAACUCUCCCAACAACGAAGCAAGUUCAGAGUCAAACUCAACGCAAAAUGAGUCAACACAACAACAAACUGAAGGUACAGAGUCCACAAAUAGUGAAUCAAAUUCAGAUGUGAAUUCAACACCAAACGAGUCAACACAAACAGAGUCCAAGGAGCAAAGUGAAAGUAACAAAAAUGAAGAAAAUUCAGACUCGAGCCCAGCACAAAACGAGUCAACACAGACCGUCUCCAACAAGCUAGUUGAGAGCACAGAGUCGACCAAUACAGGAGAAAGUUCAGACUCAAACUCAGCACAAACUGAGUCAGCACAGACCGAGUCCAAGGAGCAAAGUGGGAAUACCGAUGAUGGAGCAAGUUCAGACUCAAAUUCAGCACAAACCGAGUUAACACAGACCGAGUCCAAGGAGCAAACCACCAGCACAGACUCUUCCAGCAAUGGAGAAAGUUCGGAUUCGAAGUCACCACAAAGUGAGUCAACCCAGACAGGGUCUGAGGGGCAAACUCAAUCUGCAGACUCCAACAAUGGAGCAACUGGUUCAAACUCAGCAGAAAACGAGUCAACCCAGGAGCAAACUCAAAGUACAGAGAUUACAAACAAUGGAGCAAAUUCCGAUUCGAACUCAGCACAAAAUGAGUCAGCCCAGACUGAGUCCAAGGUGGAAACUCCAACUACAGAUUCCACUAACAAUGGACCAAGUUCAGAUUCUAACUCAGCACAAAGCGAGUCAACUCAGACAGAGUCCAAUGAACAAACACAAAGCAAAGACACCAACAACGAUAGUGCUAACUCAGAAUCAAACUCGACCCAAAGCGAGUCAACUCAGACAGAGUCCAAUGAGCAAACACAAAGUACAGACACCAAUAACAAUGGUGCUAGCUCAGAGUCAAACUCAGCACAAAGCGAGUCAACCCAGACAGAGUCUAAUGAGCAAGCGCAAAGCACAGACACUAACAACAAUGUAGCUAGCUCAGAAUCAAACUCGGCACAAAGCAAGUCAACCCAGACAGAGUCCAAUGAGCAAACGCAAAGCACAGACACUAACAACAAUGGUGCUAACUCAGAAUCAAACUCAGUACAAAGCGAGUCAACUCAGACAGAGUCCAAUGAGCAAACGCAAAGCACAAACACCAACAACGAUAGUGCUAGCUCAGAAUCAAACUCAUCACAAAGCGAGUCAACCCAGGCCGAGUCCAACGAGCAAACUAAAGGUUCGGAAUCUACCAACAAUGUAACCACAGAGCUCGCGAGCACAAACUCAAGUAACAACAAUGAGAACAACGGAGUAGAGGAACAUAAAAGCGGUGAAGGAGCACAAGAAGCUUCAAACGAAAGCAACAACAGUGUAGAUUCUUCAUCAAACAACAGAGGGUCGGAACAGAGUGUAUCAACACCGGAGAUUGGAAAUGAAGCAAACGGCAGCAGCCAUGAUACUGCAGCUGCAGCGUAGAGUCUUUGUUUUACAUCUUAUAAGGUAUAUUUAAGUUUCGGUUUCAUUCUUUUGUGUUCUAUAUAUAGCUAAUAUAAUAUAAUGUAUGACUGUUUGGUUGCGUAUGCCAACAUUAGGAAACAAUUAAUUAAAAUCAUGGAGUCGAAAUUUCUCAUUUUGUUUCACGGUUUUUAUAAGGAAUAACAUUAACAUUUGGAUUA